AUUUUUUUUCUAAAUAAAAAUCAACCUGUUCGAUAACGAAAUUUUUAUAAACUCCAUUAGAAAAAUAAAAUAAAUGUAAUUAUAUUUUAUAGAUUAUUCCGUUGUUAAUUGACGUCAUAUGAUUUUUGAUUGGCAAAACGCGUAUACAGAAAUCAAAAACACUUUCAAGGCCAGACUCCGAUCGAAAGCAGGAUUUUGGGGAUGGCAUGGCGGUCUUCUCCUUCCCCAAAACCGCAUCAACCUCACUCAUCAUCCUCCUCACUUUGAUCUUCUUCUUCCUCCUUCAAUUCCCCUCAUCAAACAAUCACCAGGGUCUCCCCACCACCCAAAUCCACCGGAGGUCACUCCUCAACACCACCACCACCACCACUUGUUCACACAUUCUUCAAAUCCCACAAGAUCGCCGCUGCUCCUUUUCCACCCUCCACUGCUCCGCCCACUCCAAUGGCCUCCUCAACUACUUCUCCUUCCACUUCUGUCACUUCAAUCAAAACCCAUUUCUCUCAGUCCCCUUUCUCUCCCUCACCGUCGUCCUACAGUUCUACAUCCUCGUCAAAACCGCCCAAGAUCAGUUCUCUGUCGUCGUCACUAAACUAUCCACUCACUUGAAUCUAUCCCCGAGUAUGGGGGCAGUCACUCUUCUAGCACUCGGAAACGGCGCUCCUGAUGUGUUCGCAUCUGUCGCCGCCGUCGGUGGCGGAAACCCCCGAACUGGAUUCGGCGCGAUUUUAUCCGCCGGGACUUUCGUUUCAGCUCUCGUCGUUGGUUUCGUCGCGAUCUACGCAGCUCCCUUCGCCGUCUCCCCUGCGCCUUUUAUAAGGGAUGUGUUGUUUUAUCUUACGGCGGCGUUGUUUCUGUUCUAUGUGUAUCUUAGUGCUGAGAUUUACCUAUGGCAGGCCGUUGGAUUCGUAGGGUUCUAUCUGUUUUUCGUUGGUUUUGUGUUUUGGAUGGAUAGUGGUGGGAAAUUGAAGCGUGGUGGUAGUGAAGUUCAGGAUCAUAAAGGUUCCAUGGAAAUUGACCCUGAAAAUGGAAGUAAUUCCAUGGAUUUUAACAAGAAGAAGACAACCUCUGGGAUUCGACAAGCUUUUAACAAGAUAUCAAAAACAUGGGAAGUUCCAGUGAGAGUAAUGUUAAACCUAACAAUCCCACAAUCAUCACCUUCACAAUGGAACAGAUUCUAUCGAUCUGCAAACAUUGCGUUAUGUCCUCUCGCUCUAAUUUCAUUACAUAGUCGAAAAAAAGCCCCCCAAAACAGAGCAACUGCCAAUAGUUCUAAUGGGAUUCGUCAUGAGUGUGUGUUGGAUCUCCACCAUGGCCGGAGAGCUUCUCAACUGUCUGGCGGCAUUAGGGUCACUCCUGGAGGGCAACCUGCCAUGGCUAUGGCUGGAUGCUUUGCUGGACCGAUGUUUAAUAUGCUUUUUGGGCUUGGAAGUGCUUUGGUUAUACAGACGUUUAAUGUUUAUCCAGAGGCUUAUGAGCUUGAAUUUCAUGUUAGUAUUGUGGUGGCGUUUGUGUUCUUGGUUUUGAGCCUUAUGGGGUCGUUGUUGGUUGUGACAUGGUGUAGAUUUCAGGUUCCAAGUUUACACAGUAAAGCAUUUCCGUUAUAA